UAGAGCGCAAGUCGAGGAGCAGAAGGAGGGGUGGGCGGUGCGACGCGACGGCGGCACCCGCUGAUUGGCUGCCGCCUAUAAAGGCUCGGCCGUGGGUGCCGGGUGGCCACUCUGAGUCCUUGCUUAGUCCCUGCCUGCUUUGCCAGGGAGCAGACGCGGUGGGAGGGGAACCAGAAAGGAAUCCCCCGGCCGGCCGUGUCAGCCUUCGGUGCGGGCUGGGAAGGGCAGCAUCAGCUGCUGACCCUGAGAAAAUGCGUCACAGCAACAAGAGUGAUGAGAAGGCACAAGCUGAGCUUUGGGACGCCCCACCGGCUGUUGCGGAGUCUCGAACCAAUCAAAAUCCCCAGAGGGCUGUUCUUGGGGAGCUGAAGGAAAAUGGGCAGUGUCUGAGACCCUCUACCCAGGGAGCUAACGUAGUGAGACUCUUUUCUGGAUCUGAAAAUGUCUUUCCUGGUCCAGCUACUGGCAAGAAUAUAUUGCCCAUCUGCAUGGCAUCCAAGCAGAGUUUUACUGUUUACAUAGAUGAAGUGGAAGAGAGAAGCAGGUUUAGCGGUAUGGCUGUCGAAGAGGUUGAACCCAGCAUGAGUGAAGUUGACACCAGCAUGCUAAAACCCAACAUUCAGCUGCUGCUGAGCUUGAGUACAGGAUCUCCGAUGUUGGUGGAUAAGUCAUUGCAGUCCCAAAAUGAAGAUCUUCAGAGUUAUAAAGAGGAUGUCAUGUGUGUUGUAGAAUAUGCAGAAGAUAUUCAUCGCUACUUGAGAGAAGCUGAAGUAAGAUACAGGCCCAAACCAUGCUACAUGAGGAGGCAGCCUGAUAUCACCUCAGGUAUGCGUGCAAUCUUGGUGGACUGGCUGGUGGAAGUUGGUGAAGAAUACAAGCUUCAUACAGAGACAGUGUACCUUGCUGUCAACUACUUGGACAGGUUUCUCUCUUGCAUGUCUGUCCUCAGAGGAAAACUCCAGCUUGUGGGAACAGCAGCAAUUCUCCUGGCUGCGAAAUAUGAAGAAAUAUAUCCACCAGAAGUUGAAGAAUUUGUUUAUAUAACAGAUGAUACCUACACUAAAAAGCAAAUGCUGAGAAUGGAGCACCUGCUUCUCAAAGUACUUGCGUUUGACUUGACUGUUCCAACCAUCAACCAGUUUCUCUUUCAGUAUUUGCAACAGCAUGGUGUCAGUGUUAAGACCGAGAACUUUGCAAGGUAUGUAGCAGAGCUGAGUCUGCUUGAAGGUGAUCCAUUCCUGAAGUACCUUCCCUCGCAAAUGGCAGCAGCUGCUUAUUGCCUAGCAAACUACACUGUGAAUAAGCACUUUUGGCCAGAAACCCUUGCUGCUUUCACUGGUUACUCGCUGAGUGAGAUAGUGCCUUGUCUAAGUGACCUACACAAAGCAUGCCUUGAUGCUCCACAUCGGCAACAGCAAGCGAUAAGGGAGAAAUACAAGCUGGCUAAGUAUAUGCAAGUAUCCCUCUUGGAGCCACCAGCUGUUCUACCUCUACAUUGAACUGCAGCACAUACCAGUAAACAGCAUAGAAGCUGAAGCACUUGCCUCCUGAUCAAUAGAGUUGAUCUGGCUAAAUUAUUUUUUUAACAGGGCACUGCAGGUCAAGUGUCCAAUCGUGUUGUUUACAGUAUUUUUAGACGACCUUUGGUGUAUAGAUGUACUGCAUUACCAAGGACUCAGGACUGUAGUUGUAACAUAAACUAAAAGCACUUUUAAUAAACAUCUUUUCAUUUAAAAA